UGCUGUUUUGUUGAUAGGCGCGCUCGCGCGCGCAAAUUUAAAAUUAUUUACGUUGAUCAUGAUUAGUUUGAAAAUCCAAUAAUAACCAAUAAGUUAUGAACUAAAGUAAAAUUCUUUUUACGUUUUUGACCUUUACAAUUAAUUCCCUAUGGCCCCUUUUCCCUUCCCCCCUCUCUCUCUGUGAACCCUUUGGAAAUGUGGCUUAGAUUGGUUCAACAUCCAGAUCCCUGAAUAUCGCUGCUGACUAAUAUCCUUAUGGUCGAAACCCUAACUAGCUACCUUCUUCUCUGUCUCCCAUCUCCUCUCAAUUUUCCAUAUUUAAUAUUUUUUUAUCAUCAUCAUCACAGUUUACGCUUAGAUUUUAAAACACAAUUAAGGGGAAAUUUUUUAUCAGAAAACAUAAAUAAACUUCCCUUCUUACACGCACUAGAGAGAGUCUGGAGUCACAUGAGUGACAAAAACUAAGCACGUACAUUGAUUGUGUUGGAAACUACUUUAUGCUGAAAAACCAACAAAGAAAUAAAAGAUGAACGACGCCGAUGUGUCAAAGCAGAUCCAACAGAUGAUCAGAUUCAUUCGCCAAGAGGCUGAGGAGAAGGCUAACGAGAUCUCCGUCGCUGCCGAAGAGGAAUUCAACAUCGAGAAACUUCAAUUACUUGAAGCUGAGAAGAGAAAGAUCAGGCAAGAAUAUGAAAGGAAAGCCAAGCAGGUUGACAUUCGCAAAAAAAUCGAAUACUCGAUGCAGCUGAAAGCAUCGCGUAUAAAAGUACUCGAAGCACAAGAUCAAGUGGUGAAUGCCAUGAAAGAAUCUGCUAGCAUGGCGCUUGCGCGUAUCUCUGACGAUAAGAAAGUGUACAGGAAUCUGAUGAAAACGUUGAUUGUCCAGGGGCUGAUGCGGCUGAGGGAACCGGCAUUGAUAUUGCGGUGCAGGGAGGUUGAUCGGAAGCUGGUGGAGUCGGUGGUGGAUGAAGCCAAAAAGGAAUAUUCAGAGAAAGCUAAAGUGCAGCCCCCAAAGAUAAGGAUCGAUGAACGAGUUUAUCUUCCUUCAGCUCCCAAAUCUGGCAACUCCCACGAAUCUUUCUGCUCCGGAGGAAUAGUAUUGGCAUCGGAGGAUGGGAAGAUAGUGUUGGAGAACACUCUUGACGCAAGGCUUGAUGUCUUUUUCCGUCAGAAGCUCCCUCAGAUCCGGAAGCGCAUUUUAAGUUGAAGAUAUCCUUUUCUGGUCACUUUAAGUUGAAGAGAUUAUGCAAAGGGAAUGUGGAGGAAUAGAAGGGACAAGACAAUCCUCGUUGGACACCUUUAAUUCUUGAACCGAACCGAUCGACCGAACCAUGUUCAGAACUUAAUUGGUUUUUGUUUCUGCCUUUCACCUUUCUCGGGUUACACUUUGCCGUUUCCUUCUUCUGUACCUUUUGUCCGAUUGGGAAAAAAACUGUAGACUGAAACCAAAACAUGAUAAUAACAGGAAGCCUUCUGUUACAUUUCAUCAAAAAAUCCUUCAAAAAAGGGGGGGAAAAAAGAAAUAAGAGAUAUGCAACAAAUAUUCUAAAAAAAAUAUUAGAUACUUGAAUUUAUAUCUUUAAAG